AAUGAAAGACUAAAUGAUUUCUAUAUAACCGGAGAGUCAUAUGCGGGUAAAUACGUGCCGGCGAUCGCCUAUAAGAUCCACUCUGAAGGCAACGCGUCUAACAUACAGUUGAAAGGGAUUGCCAUCGGAGACGGUCUGUGCGAUCCGAAGACACAGUUCAAUGUCGGCGAAUACCUCUUCCAAAUCGGACUUCUCGAUGAGAAUCAAAGAGAUUACGUGAACGGAGAGACGAACAAAGCGGUCCAUUAUAUCGAUCAACAAAAUUAUUUAGAGGCCUUCAAGAUAUUUGAUUAUCUACUCAAUGGUGACCUAAUCAACACCACUUCGUACUUCACGAACGUAACGGGUCUUACGUUUUACUACAACUUCCUGUUAGACGUCGCGCCCCAAGAGUUUGCGUAUUUUCCUCAAUAUGUGGGUUUGGAGGACACGAGACGUGCCAUUCAUGUCGGAAAUCUUACGUUUAGUGACGGAAAUACAGUGGAAAUGCAUAUAAUUAACGAUAUCAUGCAAUCGGUAAAGCCAUGGGUGGCCACACUGUUGGACGCCGACUACAAGGUGUUGAUAUAUAGCGGCCAAUUGGACAUUAUAGUGGCCGCACCGCUCACCGAGAGUUUUGUACGAAGUAUUGAGUGGUCUAAAGCGGAUCAAUACAAAAAGGCCGACCGAUUGAUAUGGAAAGUGACCGAUAAAGACCCCUCAGUAGCCGGUUAUGUGCGGGCAGUGGACAAGUUUACUCAGGUUAUUGUUCGCAAUGGCGGACAUAUUUUACCCUAUGAUCAGCCGAGAGCCACACUCGACAUGAUAACCAGAUUUGUGAAAAACCAAUCGUUUAAUUGA